AUCACCAUCGCCACCAGAAUCCGAAAUAAUCACGUUUUCUCUCUCCCUAAAAAAUCGGCGACUUAAUUAUUAAUCAAUCUGUCUCUUCUGUUCUGCGGCUCAAAGAAAACGUCGAUUUUCAUUUGAAAGAUAUUUGCGGCGAAAGAUAUAUACGGAUGAUCUCUGCAUUUUUUUUUUUGAGAUUUUGAGGGCGUAAAUGGCUACUUCUCUAUACUUCAUCACUCCUCCCUUUAUACAGCUCCCUCCGUCUCUCCGCCGACGAUCGCUCUGUUCGUUACCGUCCAAUUCUCCACCGCAGUUGAACGGAGCAAGCAUCGGCAGCUCCUUUCUGCUCAACCGGAACGUUAGGCCUCGACAAUCUAAGUCCCCCUUCCAUUUACGCGUGGUCUGCCAUCGUGACGCCAAAGUCGUGACUGGCAAGUCAUGGGACAAAAUGAUUUUGAACAGCGAUGUCCCUGUUCUUGUUGAAUUUUAUGCAAGUUGGUGCGGCCCCUGCCGGAUGGUCCAUAGGGUGAUGGAUGAAAUUGCAACUGAUUAUUCAGGAAGAUUAAAAUGCUUUGUACUCAAUGCGGAUUCAGACGUGCAAAUUGCUGAGGACUAUGAUAUCAAGGCUGUGCCAGUGGUGAUGCUGUUCAAGAAUGGGGAGAAACGCGGUUCUGUCAUAGGGUACCAUGCCCAAGGAGUUCUACGUCAAUGCCAUCGAGAGGGUUUUAGCCUCUUAGAUGGAAACAUUAUGAAUGGCUGGCUCAUCAUAAAUUAUGCUCUUUCCUUCCUUUCUUCCCACUGCAAUGUGUUCUGGGCUGUCAAACUGCAUCUUAUCCGUGUCUCAGGGCAACCAAGUUAUAAUGAGAGACUAUUUGUACAGAAAUUUGAGUGGAUAAGUGUAGUGGUGAAAGAUGUUUGAGUAGAAUAAA